AUGGCCAUGUCGAGGACACAGCACCAGGAUGGGAGGUCGCUGUAUGACGGCGACGAGGAUCUCGACAUGAACGUCCCCGUCCCGCUGUUCAACAACGACCGUCAUCCUUACUUCCCCCCGCCUCCCGCGGCAGCGAAAAAGACGAAGCGUAGUAGAGUCAGGCAUCCCGUUGAGGAGAUGCCGCCGCUACCACCACUGCCGGCCGCCUUUAUCUCUCAAAGGUCACCAGUUCCGCCAGUUCCACCAAUGCCCCCGUCUCCCCCGUCGUCGCAUCUCAAUGUGCCUCUCGCGAGUCCCAUGUCGGCGACGAGCAGAACGAAGCGCAAGACGCUUCUCCAGCACAUCAGCGGCUGGUGGGACUUGGGAUUGAUGGAAAAGAGACAGACGUUGGUUGGAGGGAAAUCUGGAUAG